AUGUUGGCUCUCCAGAACAUGAAAGUUGGCCUUUUCCUUUUGUGGUGGCCAUGGGCUUGGGCUACUGAAAGCAGAGUGCACUGGAGAAAAAGAGACGUACAGGAGAUGUCGAAGAAAGGCAGCCCAAUUCUUAAACGCAGCCCUGAUAUUACCAAAUCGCCACUGACAAAGUCAGAACAGCUCCUGAGGAUAGAUGACCACGAUUUCAGCAUGAGGCCUGGCUUUGGAGGCCCGGCCAUUCCUGUUGGCGUGGAUGUGCAGGUGGAGAGUUUGGACAGCAUCUCAGAGGUCGACAUGGACUUCACGAUGACCCUCUACCUGCGGCACUACUGGAAGGACGAGCGGCUGUCCUUCCCGAGCACCAAAAACCUCAGCAUGACGUUUGACGGCCGGCUGGUGAAGAAGAUCUGGGUCCCCGACAUGUUUUUCGUGCACUCCAAGCGCUCCUUCAUCCACGACACCACCACGGACAACGUGAUGCUGAGGGUCCAGCCCGACGGCAAAGUGCUCUACAGCCUCAGGGUUACGGUGACCGCCAUGUGCAACAUGGACUUCAGCCGGUUUCCCCUGGACACGCAAACGUGCUCGCUCGAAAUUGAGAGCUAUGCAUACACGGAAGACGACCUCAUGCUGUACUGGAAGAAAGGCAAUGACUCUUUAAAGACAGAUGAGCGGAUCUCACUCUCCCAGUUCCUCAUCCAGGAGUUCCACACCACCACCAAACUGGCCUUCUACAGCAGCACAGGCUGGUACAACCGUCUCUACAUUAACUUCACGUUGCGUCGCCACAUCUUCUUCUUCUUGCUGCAAACCUACUUUCCCGCCACCUUGAUGGUCAUGCUGUCCUGGGUGUCCUUCUGGAUCGACCGCAGAGCUGUGCCCGCCAGAGUCCCUUUAGGGAUCACCACGGUGCUGACCAUGUCCACCAUCAUCACGGGUGUGAACGCCUCCAUGCCCCGCGUGUCCUACAUCAAGGCCGUGGACAUCUACCUCUGGGUCAGCUUCGUGUUCGUGUUCCUCUCGGUGCUGGAGUACGCGGCCGUCAACUACCUGACCACCGUGCAGGAGCGAAAAGAGCGGAAGCUGCAGGAGAAGCUUCCCUGCACCUGCGGGUUGCCUCAGCCACGCGCAGUCCUGCUGGACGGCAGCUACAGUGACGGGGAGGUGAACGACCUGGGCAACUACACGGCCGACAACGGAGACAAGCCAGACAGGAUGAUGGUGCAGCUGACGCUGGCCUCGGAGAGGAGCUCCCCGCAGAGGAAAAGCCAGAGGAGCAGCUACGUGAGCAUGAAGAUUGACACUCAUGCCAUUGAUAAAUACUCCAGAAUAAUUUUUCCAGCUGCAUACAUCUUAUUCAAUUUAAUAUACUGGUCGAUUUUCUCAUAA